CUGUCUUCCCUAACUUCCGCUUCCGAUCACGUUGGCUCCCUGCGUGUUGCAAAACAUUUAGUCCGCAAUAUAUCUUUGAUUCCUUUAAACAGCUAUGGCUAAGACACGUAAAAUUCAACAGAAAGCAGCCCCCAAAGACGGGAUGAAAAAGGGACAACACAGUAUGAACCCAGAUCGGGUGAAAGGCCAGGGCGGACACAACAUGAGAGAUAAAACUACCAUCAAGCGUUUGCUCAUGUACAAAAACUUCAAGGCUAAGAGAGACAGGAAAGGGAAAAUAUUAUCCCCGGCCCCGUACCAGUCAACCCUGGCCUCUGGGACUGUGGCUCGAGUGGAACCCAACAGACGCUGGUUUGGAAACACACGAGUUGUGACACAGACAGCCCUUCAGACUUUUCAAGAUGAAAUGGGCAAGGUGAAACGUGAUCCUUACAAGGUUGUCAUGCAGCAGACAAAGCUACCAAUCACAUUGCUGAAUGAGGUUGCAAAGAACGCCAGAGUUCAUCUACUUGACACAGAAUCAUUUGAGACAACAUUUGGGAAGAAGUCUCAGAGGAAACGUCCGAAUCUGAAAGUAGCAGACAUGUCGGCGCUGGUGCAGCAGGCGGAGACGUUGGGAGGCCAGUAUGACAUCAGCAAGGACCAUGACCUAGUGGAGGAGGACACUGGGGUGAAGGACGAGACCCCAGAGAUUGUCUUCAAGGCAGGGCAGUCCAAGAGAAUCUGGAAUGAACUGUACAAGGUGAUCGACUCCUCUGACGUGGUGGUUCAAGUCCUGGACGCCCGGGAUCCUCUUGGCACGCGCUGCUACCAGGUGGAGAAAUAUCUCAAGAAGGAAAAGUCACACAAGAAUCUGAUCUUUGUUCUGAACAAAGUCGACCUGGUGCCUAUCUGGGUGACUCAAAAGUGGGUGGCCAUUCUGUCUGCAGAACAUCCGACCAUGGCGUUCCAUGCCAGCAUAACGAACUCCUUCGGAAAGGGGGCUCUCAUCAACCUCCUCCGGCAGUUUGGCAAGCUUCACAUUGACAAGAAGCAGAUCAGUGUAGGGUUCAUCGGCUACCCUAACGUGGGGAAGAGCUCCAUCAUCAACACCUUGAAGGCAAAGAAAGUCUGCAAGGUCGCCCCCAUCGCUGGAGAAACCAAGGUGUGGCAGUACGUGACGUUGAUGAGGAGGAUCUUCCUGGUGGACUGUCCUGGUGUGGUGUACCCGACCGGAGCCACACAGACGGAGAUUGUACUCAAGGGAGUUGUUCGUGUAGAGAACAUCCGGAAUCCUGAGGACUACAUUGGUGCUAUUUUGGAGCGUGUCAAGACUGAGUAUAUCAACAAGACGUACAAGAUAGACAGUUGGACAGGGCCUGAGGACUUCAUCGAACAGAUAGCACGCAAGUCAGGACGGCUGCUGAAGGGUGCGGAGCCAGAUGUCAGCACCAUGUCCAAGAUGAUCCUCAACGACUGGCAGCGAGGCAAGAUCCCAUACUUCGUCCGGCCACCAGAGUCACAGGAUCACAGCAGAGUUGAGACAACAGACACACCAACACCUACACAAGAGGCCAAGGACACACUGGUCAAGGACACAGAGGGGUCAGGGGACACAGAGGUCAAGGGGAAGGCCAGUAGGAAGAAGCAGCCGAAGGUGAUGCAGGAUCUGAAGAGGAUCCGUGUGGUGCCAACAUUCGGGGGUGACGAUGUACAGGACAUUCAGGAGGAUGGUGGGAGCGGUGCAGAGGAGGAGGACAGUGAAGUGGAGGACAUUGUUGGAGAAGACAGUGCUGGGGAGGACAGUGAUGAAGAUGUGGCAGUGGAUGAGACUAAAGGAGAACAGAAUCAAUCAAGUGAGGAAUCUUGUACAGUUCUGGACAAGUCCUCCUCUCAUGUUGCCAAGGACAAUGUGAGGGCAGCUGGCAGGAAGAAGACACAGAGAUCAUUGGCAAAUGGAGGGGAAUCCAAAGAUGUGAAAUCUGAAUCUGGGAAGCUGGAGAAGAAGCUAGUGGAGCAGGAGCAAGCAGGGUCUGAAGUCAACAGUGUGGCCAGCGGGAAGUGGACUGUCACAGCUCUUCCAGCACAGACGAGUACUGAUCGCAGGAAACCGGCUCAGACGGGGGAAGGCUGUCUUUACGAACUGAAGGAGACGUCAGCAGUGACUUGUGUCGACGUGGUGGACCCUGGAAAACGGGGACAGAAAAAGCAAACCAAGAAACGAAAACUUCAGGAGGAGUCUCCGCAACCAAUGAACAGUAAACAGCGCCGACGUCUAGAGCGGGAGGCCAGGAAACAGAAGAUCGGCGUUCACUUCUACUCCGAGUCCAAUGUAAAGAACCGUAGCUACCGGUAGAGUUGAGGACCAGAGAUUCCUGUAUCAUUUCGGGGUGUACCAUAUGUAUGUCAAUAAAACUGGUUUUGUUA